CAUUUUUGCAACGCGACCCACGCGUCCCAUCAAGUGGACGCGUUCCAUUAGUGGUAACUAGUGGUAACACUGAUACAGAUUUCAAAUAUCUUGUCACUAGAAGCAAGUAAAAAACGUAUUGUGCUAAAAAUACAAAUUAUUUUGGUCGCUGCUGAAAAUUUUACCCCAUCUGUAACGUUGCGUUUAAUUUUGAAAGUAAAUAUAAAAUAAAACUAUGGCCACUCCUGGAAAAGGAACAUUCCAACCGGACUCAGAUGUUCAUAUUUCAUACGAAGAUCAGCUAAAAAUAAACAAAUUUGCUCGUUUGAAUGCUCGAGUUGAAGACUAUAAAGAUGAACUUAAAGUAAAACAAAAUGACAUGAAAAAUUUGGAGGAUGCAGUGGAAGAGCUCAGUCUUACUGAUGAAAAUGAAAAGAUUCCAUACCUUAUUGGAGAAGUCUUCAUUUGCCAAAAUUUGGAAGAAACAAUGAUGUCGUUAGAAGAGGCAAAGUCAAAAAAGGAAAUAGAAAUAAGUGAUCUUGAAGCAAAAUGUGAAGAACUUAAAGGACAGAUGGGUGAACUGAAAGCACAUUUAUAUGGCAAAUUUGGUAGCCACAUUAAUUUAGAAAAUGAAGAAGAUUAAAAUUGUCUUAUUGACAAAGAAAUGUAUACUAACAUUUAUUGCUUUUACUUAAUACACUUAUUACUAAAGGCAAGACACAAGAUGCUUUUAGCAUCAAAGAUCAGUGAUUUAGCAACUACAUCUAUGUUGUACAUCAGAGAUUGUGCAUCUACUAUAAUAUUACAUACCACAACAUUGGAAAUGUUUUAGUUCAGAAGUUCGAACUCAGGUGAAUGCAGCUGCUUCUACCUCAUAAAAGAACUUUUCAUUCCUAUGGCCUGUUUAUGCUGCACCCUUUCAUUGAUUACUGAUGCUAUAAGUGGUUGUCUAUUUGUUUUAUUUAUGAAAUAAUUUGUAUGUAAUUAACUUGAAUACAGAAAUAAACUUUUGAUUAAGAUAAUUUAUUAAUUAUA